AUGGAAGCUUACAGGAGAUGGGUUCAGAGGAAUAGGGAAUAUGUGCAUUCUUUGGAGUCUUUAGCUAAUGGUUUAACAUGGCUUCUCCCAGAACGAUUUUCAGAAUCAGAAAUUGGACCAGAAGCAGUUACAUCGCUUUUGGGUAUUAUCACUACCAUCAACAACCACAUACUCGAGACGCCUCCAACACGGGCACGAACAGGGCUUCUAGAAUCUUCUUCUUUCCCUUUUUCACUCUGCAUAACUUUGCUUAAGGACAUGGAAACUCUUGUUGAAGUUGUUGCCCAGCAAUAUUAUGGUGAAGAGAAAAAGUGGAACUUCAUGGCCUUAACAGAAUCCAUCAAGGCAUUACUCAGGUUAGCGGUUUUGCGGAAAAAUGGUUACAAAAUGCUUUUGCAUGGUGGGGAGAGUAGUAAUGAUGGAAGUGCAUUAGAUUCUCGUAUAAAUGGGCUUCCUUCGGGCCAAGGCCCGCAAACUCCAUGGAAUCUUGAAGGAAGGGCCUUGUCUGCCUUAAGUAGGUUUGGUGAAAAUGCUAGGUCAGUGUCUGAGCCCACUUGGUUGCAUCGAGUGCAUCACCAGCAGGAAAUCAUUGAGCCUCCAACACUGGUGAAGAAGAAACCUAGUCUCUCAACUUUCUUGUCCGAAAAGGGUAUUUUCGGUGGACUUUUUUUAACAGGAGAGGUUAUGUUCAUCUUAAGACCGCUCAUUUAUGUGUUGCUAAUAAGAAGAUAUGGUGCUCGGUCUUGGCUUCCAUGGCUUACUUCAUUAUUAGUGGACCUUAUUGGACAUGGAAUUAUUUCAACAGUCACAGUCUCGAGUCGCCUUAGCAAGGAUUUUAAAUUUUCCUCUAUCGAGAAGAAUGAGUUGAAAAGACGAAAGUUUCUAUGGGCUCUUUACCUUAUGAGAGAUCCAUUUUUCACCAAGUAUACCCGGCAAAGACUUGAUAGAACCGAAAAGCUACUAGAGCCUAUUCCCAUUAUCGGGCUUCUUACCGAAAAACUUGUCGAACUUCUGGUUGGAGCCCAAACGAGGUACACAUACAUGUCCGGUUCAUGA